CUGUCACUAAGAACAAUGGGCCUGCUUCUCUAUCUAUAGACCCACAUUAGGAGUGAAAGACAGAAAAAGAGGGAGACGGAGAAAGCCAAAGCAAGGAUUUGGAGAGGUGCAGAGAAAGACGAGCAGAGAUAGACAGAGGGGUUACAAAUGAAAAAGAAGUGCUCUGAGAAGCAAGACACUGACUAGGUCAGAAGAGAAAGCACUGUGAGGAUACCCCCCCCCCCUCCCCGCCAAACAAUGGACUUUUCUAACUUAAUUUCUCUGGAAUAAGGGAAGGUAACAGUGGAUCGGCAAUUAACAGCUUUUCAGCAUAUUUGUUUCGAGGUAGUACAGUUUUCACAACAAUAGGAUCCUUUAAAGAGAUUUAAUCCGAUACGAAGGCGUCGCAGUGGGUGAGUCACACUGAACGUCAUCUGCUGAUGGAGGAGUCUGGUAGUCCGCGUUUCCGGAAGCUCCAUUUCCCUGUGGGCCUGUGGAUAAAUUCUCCUCGGAAGCACUUUGCCAAGCUGGGAGCACGCUGGCCCAGUGCAGUAUCAGUCAAAUCUUCCAAUAGCUCAGAUGCAGCCUCUGUGCAUGAGGCCCCACCUCCAGCCCCUACCUCUGCCCUCUCACUCUCUAACCCCUCUCUAGCCCCGCCCUCCCCCUCAACCCCCCCGGCCUUCCUUCGCCCUCGUCCAGCCAAUCAACAGUCUCGUGCCAAGCGCCUGUCCCAUCUCUUCCUGAGAGGGAGGUCCAACAGCGAUCGUGACCGUGCCAUUGGAGAACGUGAGCGGGAACUGUGGGCACACUCAGCCACUCCGUCGUCGCAUCACUACCUGCCCCCUGCCUCGUCUUCAGCCCCGGGCCUGGUGAAGAUCUACGGCGAUGCUCUGUCGAGCGGGGCGAACUACCGUAGCCUGCUGGCUAACAUCCACUCCACUGCACGACAGCUCAUCCAGCAGGUCAUCACCCGCUACACCGAAAGAGAGCGUGAGAGCGAGAGCGAUGACACAGUUCCACAGAAGCAUUGCCCGGAGGACUUCCUGCUGUGCGAUGUCAUCGGAAAGCCAAUCCAGCAGGCGGAUGGAGCCGUCCAAUGGCAGACGGAGUGCCGGAGAGGCGUGGCUCCCUGGGAAUGCCCCUUGCUCCUGGUGGACAUGUGGAGGCCCAAGGACGGCUUUGAGCGCCGCUUUGAGAUCCAGCGACGGGAUGAAUACGAGAGGGAGGAGAGGGAGAAGGAGAAGGAGAGAGAGAGGGAUGGGGAGAACUACCAUGUGCGCUGGAGGCGGAGCCGCAUGGCAUCAGGAGGCGGUCCUGAAGAGGAGAGAGGUCAUCGUGGCCGGAACACGGAGCUCCGAAGGAGCAUCAGUGAAAUGAACAUAAGCCUGAGGCGCCGCCAUGGCAACCAGGCCACCAACGACCCCAGAUACGGUGGCAACACAGCAACCAAUGGUGGACCACAGGACAGGAAGAACAUAGUGAGCAUGAUAGCAACGGAUACAGGAGAGGUCACUACAUCAAGGGUUUCGGGUGAUGUGGAGCGACGUCCACGAGGGUCGGACGAGGACAAAGAUGCCUGUGACCUGGAAGUGAUGUCCCAGAGCCUGAUCCUCCCGCCCACAGACCGCCCAUACUUCCUGCUUCUGCAAGGCUUUGACCAAAGCAAGGACUUUGUGCUGUACAUCAUGGCGGGCCACACGCAUGUGUUCGGCCGGAAGCCGACGGUCCGCGAGAGGGAGAAGGACAGGGAGAGGGAGAGGAAGGGGAAGAGGUCCCUCCGAGUGGACACCUUCCUCUCAGCUCCUGACCUGCUCACCCGCCACCUCCUCAUCAGGAGGGACUCCGCUGUCUCUGAGCAGUCCUGCGGUCAAGCUCUGGUGCGUCCAUUCAGAGGAGGGGCCGUCACUCAUAACGGAGUGGUACUGUACAGAGAGGCGGUGCUUAUGCCUGGAGACCUGAUAGGGCUUGGGAGUCACUUCCUCUUCCUGUACCGCGAUCCCCGUGUGACCCCUGCCCCGCCCAUUGCGCUGGCCCCACCCUGGCAGGAUGAAAGUACAGCUUCCUUUGGCACUGGAAACAUGGUGGACAGGCAGGAAGCUCUCAGGCAUUAUCUGGGCUCCACUGAGGCAGUGUUGAAAUUUCAGGCCAAGCACGCAGACACUCUCCUUCAGGAAAUUAUCUCGAAGAAUUCGACUCCUGAUUCAGGAGGUGGACCCCUAGCGCCAGCCUAUCUGCUGUCACUCGUAAUUGAACAUGCCUCCAAACAUCUGGACCCUGCAUUAACACCCCAACUAUUAUUAAAGGCAGCCAAUCAGAUAAAAACAAUUGUGUGGGACAACAUUAAAGACUUUGGAGACAAACAUCCCACACAAACUUCUCCAGACUCCGAAGCUGACCCUCCUCCUCCUAGCGUGCAGAAGCUCUCCUCUGACCUCCGACCCCUCAUGUUCUGGAUGUCCAACGCCACUGAGCUCCUCAACUUCUUCCAGGUCAAAGCUGAAGAUAUGGAGAAGGAGUGGGAAUUUGAAGUGCCCGGUGACCCAGUUCUCUCAGCUGACAUGGACAUGUGUUCCGAGGCGCUGGCGCAGCUUGAUGAUGUCAUCAUGCACACCUUCCAGCAGUGUGUGUAUCACCUCACAAAGACCCUGUACUCUCUGCUGCCCACACUACUGGACACCAACCCCUUCUCGAGCGAGGACAAAGAGAAGGAGAAGGCCGGUGCAACGGACGGCACAGGCCACGUGGGUGGAGGCGACGGGGACGAGGAGGGCGACGUGUCCAGCCUGCCCCCCACGGUGGCUGGCCUGGUGGAGGUGUACCACUGCUCCCUGCAGAUGUCGCGGGAGGCCUGCCUCUCGCCCCCACUCACCUCACAGACCUUCGGCUACCUCUUCUUCUUCACCAACACCUCCCUCCUCAACACCCUGCUGGAGAGAGAUGGUUUGUUUUCCUGGUCUCGUGCGGUGCAGAUUCGCACUAAUCUAGACCUGGUCCUCGACUGGCUGCAGGGGGCGGGCCUAGGAGACAUUGCCUCAGAGUUCCUCAAGAAGCUGUCAGUCACUGUGAAUUUCCUGUGCAUCCCUAAGACCCGCCUCAUCCAGUCAUCUUGGGCCAGCCUACAGGAGGACCAUGCCUUGCUAAGCCCCGCCCAGCUUCACCACCUUCUAACUCAUUAUAAGCUGGGACCAGCCAGAGCUCCGCCUUCCUGCUGGGCUCCACCCCCAGGAACUGAACUUGGAGGUGAUAUUUUUGAGAGUUUCCUAGACCACCCACCUCUCAUCCUACCCAAUGAGACCCCGAGUUUGGACCUUUCUCAGCCAAUUCCAACACCUGAGCUCCAGAAGGAAGUGAUACGUUUGCGAACGUUCCUGUUGGGGCUGGACCAGGAUGAUCUCCCAGCCAAUCAGCGAACAAGGCUGUAGAACUUGCCUUAGAAAAACAGAAAACAAACAUCAUUCUGGAGCUGUGGCCUUAAAUGUAAUUCCCUCAAAUGUCUGAGGUCCAUAGAGGGUCAAUUUAAACUGAAUACACACCCAUAGCCUUGACAUACACAGCACAUGUAUGAGGUUUUAAUAUGCAUCACUUUCUUUGCAGGUAAACAGAAAUGACUGUGAGACUUUGCCUUUAAGUAUUACGGAUAUAGGUUAUGAACCUUUUUUUUUAUUGUUUAUUGGACAAAAAAAAAACUGAAAGGUUGUGCAGGUUGGGUUUGAAUAAUACCUUCACUACAUUGUUAAACUCAAAAGUUGCAAUUUAAACUGCACAAAUUAGGCAAAUCAAUACAAUGAAGAAAGGGUAUGUAAUUGUACUGUUUAUGAGACUCAUUGCCUGGUUGCAAUGGUUACAUUUCAGUGGUUGAUUUACUUCUAGGCUAAUUAAGAAGAAUAUGUGUUUUCAUUAAUUUUUACUUCUUAUAAAUGUAAAAUGGUUUUGGUGGUGACAUUAUAAGUAUAUUACUGCACACUAAUAAGAAGAAUAUAACAUUACAAUUUAUAAUAAACACUUGCUUUAUAGUUUAUAUGGCACAUAUUUCAAACCACAUUGGAUGUGAUGUUGCAUUUUACAGCCCUUUACUAUAAACACUGUAUUUUAGUCAAUACAGUUAAUUAGAAAACAUGUUCAACUUCACUCUCAUAAUUUGGCUUUGCUACUAGCUUUCUUGUUUGUUGCUGGAGUGAAACGUGCACCAUUAUAAUCUCACGUUUUUAGCUGCAUGACUAGCACAACUUCAGUUCCCCACUUUACUACUAAAUUCAUGUUCUAGAUGUAAUGCAUGUUUGCAACAGCCCCUUUAUAACCUCACACUAUAUUACGGUCAGAGGAACAACCAACAUCUGUUUCCUGCUCCAAUAUAUUGACCAGCCUCCCAUAUUGUUAUGUUGAUCAUCUAGAUGCAUCACAUCUUCUCUGCAUAUGGUGUAUUUUCCAAUCUUGCCAAUAAACAUUAAUGGCAUGAGACCA